UGACGCGCUGUGCUGCCGGCCUUGCGGAAGUGGAGAUGGCGGAGCUGUACGUGAAGCCGGGCAACAAGGAGCGUGGCUGGAACGACCCGCCGCAGUUCUCCUACGGGCUGCAGACCCUAGCUGGGGGACCCAAGCGCACGCAGCUCACCAAGAGGGUCGCCGCUCCCCAGGAUGGCUCCCCCAGAGUCCCCACCUCACAGACUUCUCCUGGGCCUCCCCCAGUGGGGCCUCCCCCAGUGGGGCCUCCACCUCCUUCAAAUAAGGCUUCCAGGCCCCCACCUGCGGGAAGUUGUCCUGCCUCCAGUGUGGAGCCAACAAAUUACCCAGUCAUCGAAUCUGAAACUCUGCUGGAAGAUGUGCUCAAACCUUUGGAAGAGGCACUGGAGGACUGCCGUGGCCACACAAAGAAGCAAGUAUGUGAUGACAUCAGCCGCCGCCUGGCUCUGCUGCGGGAACAGUGGGCUGGAGGGAAGCUGUCAGUGCCUGUGAAGAAGAGGAUGGCUCUGCUGGUGCAAGAGCUUUCAAGUCACCAGUGGGAUGCAGCAGAUGACAUCCACCGCUCACUCAUGGUUGACCAUGUGACUGAGGUCAGUCAGUGGAUGGUGGGAGUUAAAAGAUUAAUUGCAGAAAAGAGGAAUCUGUCUUCAGAGGAAGAGUCCAAUGAAGAGAAAUCUACAGCCACAGCUGAGGAGAACCAGACGGUACCAGGCGUCCAAGAGGCUCCAUAAUCCCCCGUGGGAUCCCGACUCACACCACUUCCUACGCCUUGGCCUUCUCUCACCUGGCUCCCUUACCAUUUGGGAGACUGUCUGCCUCCUUGGGAUCCUUUGCCUGAUCUACCCAUCUCUGGGGGAAGAGGUGUCAGCCACCUGGGCCACAGGGAAGCCACCUGUUACCCAUAACAUAUCAUUUCAAUAAAAACAUCUUAAUAGUGGGCCCUGGGUAGGAGAGAGAAGGCUUUCUUGUGCCAAACUAGUUGCUUGUGGUGUCCUUGACUGCCUUGCUCCUUGUGUACCCUACAAACCUCUCUUCUUCCUUUCGUCAUGAAUGGCUUUGCUAGGCAUGACCAAUUACUGCCUGCCACUUUCCCCCCAAAUAGACGGAAACACACAUUCCUUGCUGGGCUGAGUAUCUCUAUUUUUGGAUAAUUUCGUUUCAGCAUAAGAACAGAGGUUUAAAUAGCAGGGGAGAUUUUUUCCCUCAAGAAAAGGAGACCGCCCUGUUAGCACCGUCACCUUUGAGAUACACAGUGCUAUAGAGAUUAGAACAUAGCGGUAUAAAUUGAAGGAGAAAAAGACCAGAUUGCUGAGAUAUGGGAUCAUGACUUUUUUGGGGGCCGGGGGUUGGUUAGGGGUAGGAUCAUGACUCUGUCUGACUCACCAAAAGAGCUGCUACCUCAUUUUUGGCCCUAAAGUCUCUUCUAACCCUCUGAGGACAAGAGAGCCAGGUGGAAGGGGCCAGAGAGGUUCAAAUCAAGCGGAGAGGGGGGACUAUAGGUUUUCAGUGUUGGAACAGGGGAUGAUACUUACAGGUUGGAGGCAGAAAAGGCAUGGAGAGAGUGGAGAAGGUUAAACUCUAAGGCAGUGCCUCUUUUUUCCUGCUUUGGAACAGACAGGGAGGGACUGCCCGAGAGGCCCAAUUCCAGGAAGGCUGCUUCCUCGAAAGGCUGGAACGGCCCUUGGCUGGGGUCAGGCUACUACUGUUUAUGGUUUGGCGGCUCCUGUAGGCUGCCCCCAUAGCCUGGCUUAGGCUCUUAACUGCUGCUGGAGGUGGGCCCAAUGACAGCUGGGAAGGGA